AUGGCCGAGAGCUCACCUCCGACCUUGAUCAAUCUGCCUCCUUCAGACCCAGCGACGCCCUCUGAUGCUCCUGGCACUCCCAACUCCACCACGACUUCCAUGUCUGAGCUCUCGACUGUUGCUAUCAAGGACGGCCAUCGAGGCCACCUACCUCAUUCGCACCACUCACGAGCUCCCACAUCUGGCACAUUGGACGCCGAGCGUGCCGAUCGUAUCUCACGCCUUGCUGGUCUCGAGCGUGUGACGACUGCUCGCAAUCCCACUCCCAUCUCCAACCUGACUCCUGGCGCUGCUGCUCCCCACUCGGGCCCUGCUGCUGGCUACUUUGACUCGCAAGGUGUUCCUCUUCUGGGACGUGAACGCAGCACCGUUGGCUCCGCUUCGGCAACUGGUAGUGUCGGCGGCCGAACUACCACUUGGGCCAGCGGGAGCGAUGUCUUUGACCACGACAAGAUGAGCGAGAGUCAGGAUAUGGACAUGGAUACCUCUAGCGUUGGCGCUGCUUCCGAAACGAACAGUCUGGUUGGUUUCGGGGAGGGUGCUCGUACGCCCGCCCGUCACAGCACUGUCGGAAGCCCCAGUGUAGCGAAGGCCACUCCCACCGCUUCGGCUCUGUCACAGUCUUUCCAGAGAGACUCCAGCUUGACUCCGGUCAGCUCCCACGCUCAGUCAGAACAACAAGACGUCCAAAUGAUUGAUCGCAGAACUCUCGAUACAGGAACCGAGACUGCUGAGCGUAUCAUGCGCGAGCGCCUUGGCCCAGAAGGUGGCCAGCGAGGUCUCGAGUCACCCGAUCCUUCUAGUGGUCCAGGACGUGAUUUGGGAAAGUUCUACUUUGAGUCUGGCAAAUGA